AUGGCUUCCGCCUCGUCCGACACGACCCCGUCCGGGAGCGAAGGCUCGACUUUCACCCUGCAACUCAUAUCGCCCUCGGUUGCCGUCCCCCGCGGCCUCAGCUUCCCCGAGCUUCCCGUCAAGACCACAGUGCGCCAGCUGAAGGAGAAGAUCCGGGACACCCUCGAUGCAAAGCCCGCCGACAGUGCCCAGCGCCUGAUACACAGAGGGCGGCUGCUGGCGAGAGACGAGGAGACCAUGCUGGAGAUAUUUGGAGAGGAUAUGAUUCGUUCUUCCGAACCUGUCACUCUACACCUUGUCCUGCGCGAUCUCGCCGAUGCUCGUCCAGCCAGCACAUCAGUACCUACAACUACCACGCAGGCUCCAGCACCGAGCCACAAUCAGCCGUCGAGUGCUCCUCCUACUCAGCACCAACAACAACAUCCAAACCAGCGCCAUCAUAUCCCCCAUGGGCCUUUCCCACAUCCCCCGCAACUGCCUCCGGGCGCGCAUUUCCCGAACUUCCCUUUUGGCGUCCCGCAACCGCAAGUCAUGGGUGCGGUAAACGGAGCGCCGCCGAAUAUGCAUUUUGGCUUCAAUCCUCACCAGAUUGCCCAACAGCAGAGGCAAUGGGCAGCAAGCAUGGCGGAUCCUCACAGACUUCAGGAGAUGAUCAACCAGACCCAGAGGGAACGGGCGGCCAUGGGUCUGAAUGGAGCGCAGGAUGCGCAGGGAAACCCAAGGCCAACGCCAGGUAGCAACACCCCGGGUAGAACGGCCUCGCCGUUCCAGCCGGAUGGUACGAGGACCGUCGUUCGAGAAGGCCUAGGCCCCAAUGGUCAGCAGUGGCGCAUCACAGUCAACGAGACCGUCUCGACUCCUCAGAACUUUCAGAGAAGCACCCGGACAGGUUCCCCGUUUGCGGCACCGGAUGUUCAAAACAUUUGGAGACCACCUACCGGUGCCGCUCCCCCGCGCUCUGUACCACCCGCGGGGAUGAACGGAGGACAGCUCUCGGGCGCCGAAGUCCAAAACCUCAUCCGGACUGCCGAUGCUGGGUCCGUAGCAUCCAGGGUCAUGGCGGACGCCAUGCGACGCAAUACGAGCGAACCGUCACUGGUGAAUCUUGCCAACAACGCUGCCAACCAGCCUAUCCCACCGGUACGUGUUACCACCCCUCUGGCUCCUUCACGAAGUGGAAGUGCCAUGGGAAACCCAGACCGAUCUCGAUCUGUGCCCCGGUCGAGCAGUCAAUCCAGAAACCUGCCCCAACAGCAACAGCAACCCUCCCCCGGUGGCCCUGAGGUUUACAUUUUGUCGUCUCCCGAGGGGCCCCGCGCACUUCUGAUCAAUGGCAAUUCGGGCACCUACUUCACUCCUCAGAUUCCACAAGCAUCGUUCCCGAACCCGGCAGUUCGACAUCAGUUUCAAUUCCAGCAAUUCCUGCCGUAUGGUAUGCAACCUGGUGUCAAUAUGCCCAACCUACAACAUCGACAGGUUCAAGGCCAAUUCAGGCCGCCUCAAGGAGGCAUCUGGGCACCUACCCCUGGAGACAAUCUCGUGAACCAAAACCAGCCACAGCCUCAACCUCAAGGUCAAGCAGCUCCUGCACAAGGAUUGCCUCCUUUGCCCCACAUCCAGCAUCAGCCUCACCACGCGAUCGCUCGGCCUGGCAAUGUUCAAGUUCGCGCGAUCGCAGUCGCUCAAAUCUGGCCACAUAUCUGGUUGAUCAUCCGUCUCGGCCUGUUCGUUUGGUGGUUCACAACUGGCAAUGACAGUUGGCAACGGUGGUUCACUGUGAUGGCUAUUGCGUUCGCGGUAUUUAUCAUCAACACUGGGCUGCUUAACCCGAUGGCAGAACAAAUUUGGGUGCCCAUACGUCGACAUCUAGAGAACAUCAUGCCUCUGGCUGACAACCACGGUCGUCAACGGCCUGAUGCGGCUGCGAACGAUCAGGCCCCCAACGGCCAGCCAGCGGACCAAAGAGAGAGGAGAGAGCCGACAACACCUGCUGAUACUGCUGCCCGGUUGAUACAUGAGAGACAGAACGCGAGAGCAAACUGGCUCAUGAACCAGGCUAGAAGGUUGGAAAGAGCCGGGCUUCUGUUCCUGGCUAGCAUCGCGCCGGGCGUGGCCGAGCGACAUAUCGCACACCUUGAAGCGGAAGCAAGAGCUGAACGUCAGCGCCGCGAGGCAGCCGAGGCUGAGGCUGAGGCCGCAAGAGCUGCUGCGGAGAACGCGGAGAACUCGGAGAAUGCUCAGAACUCGGGAAACACAGAGGGGACUCAGGCUGAGCAGACGGCCACGGAGGGACACGGGCGAGACGGGGAGGGAAGGGACGAGCGAGGGCCACAACGCGCCGAGGAGCCGCUGAUAGCGAUCUGA